GAGGCUCGGGGCGCACCUCCCCAGCUUCCUCCGAGUUGAGUACGGGAAGAGCCGGAAAAGCGGCGGCCGACGGAACGGAGAGCAGCACCGUCGGCAGGUGGGACGCUGCGCCUGGAGACGCCCGCGGGGGGAGGGAGAGCGGAGCCCCGCGAGCGAGCGGCGAGUGCGGGGAGGAGAGAACGCAGCGGGGUCCGGAGCGCACACGCCCGCGGAGGCAGGAAGGGAGCGAGCCUCCGCGGAGGUCGAGGAGGUGCUGCUGCCGGGACAGGAUGCCCUUCGCCAGGGGCAACUCCAGCGGGGACAACGCCACCGGGGAAGGCGCGGGUCCGCCGAGGGACGGGCGCGACGAGGAGCUGGCCAAGGUGGAGAUCGCGGUGCUCGCCGUGACCUUCGUGGUGGCGGUGCUGGGGAACAGCAGCGUGUUGCUGGCGCUGCACCGCACGCCUCGCAAGACGUCCCGCAUGCACCUCUUCAUUCGCCACCUCAGCCUGGCGGACCUGGCCGUGGCUUUCUUCCAGGUGCUGCCGCAGCUGUGCUGGGACAUCACCUACCGGUUCCGGGGACCCGACGGGCUGUGCCGCGUGGUGAAGCACCUGCAGGUGUUCGCCAUGUUCGUGUCGGCGUACAUGCUGGUGGUCAUGACCGCGGACCGCUACAUCGCCGUGUGCCACCCGCUGAAGACGCUGCAGCAGCCCGCGCGCCGCUCGCGCCUCAUGAUCGCCGCCGCCUGGGCGCUGAGCUUCGUGCUGAGCGCGCCGCAGUACUUCGUCUUCUCGGUGGUCGAGGUGGACAACGUCACCAAGGCCUGCGACUGCUGGGCCACCUUCAUCCAGCCCUGGGGCCCCCGCGCCUACGUCACCUGGAUGACGGGCGGCAUCUUCGUGGCGCCGGUGGUCAUCCUGGGCACCUGUUACGGCUUCAUCUGCUACCACAUCUGGCGCAACGUCCGCGGGAAGACGGUGCCCCGCGAGGGCAAGGGUGCCGAGGGCACCGGCGGCGGCGCCUUCCACAACGGGCUCCUGCUCGAGCCCUGCGUCAGCAGCGUGAAGACCAUUUCCCGCGCCAAGAUCCGCACCGUGAAGAUGACUUUCGUGAUCGUGACGGCCUACAUCGUUUGCUGGACGCCCUUCUUCGUCGUCCAGAUGUGGUCCGUCUGGGAUGAGAAACUCCCCUGGGUCGAAUCGGAAAACCCGGCCAUCACCAUCACUGCAUUGCUGGCUUCCCUGAAUAGUUGCUGCAACCCCUGGAUAUACAUGUUUUUUAGUGGCCAUCUCCUGCAAGACUGUGUCCAAAGCUUCCUGUGUUGCGACAACAUGAAGCAAGCAUUCAACAAAGAAGAUUCUGACAGUAUGAGCAGAAGACAGACUUCUUACACUAUCAACCGGAGCCCGACAAACAGUAUGGGUACUUGGAAGGACUCACCUAAAUCUUCCAAGUUCAUCAAAUUUAUUCCUGUUUCAACCUGAGCCCCUCAUUCAUGCAACUGACUCUUGGGACAGACUUUCUUGCCCAUUGGCUGAAUCCAGCUCAUAAUCUUGAGAACAAACGAACUACAUCAGAUAAGCAUAUGUCAAUUUGUUGGGUAUAAGACUGUGUUUCUGGUUGCAUUUUCAUAUUGCUAUGACCAAAUGCUAUGAAUUGGUUUAUACAGAAUGACAAUAAAAACAUGCUACACUAAAAUGUUCAGGCCUAAUUCCCAGAAAUAUAACAAGUUCCUAAAGGAAAUAUAACAGACAUUUCUAAAGGAAAAAUCUUAACCAUCCUGACUUUAUAUUUUGUUGUUGGUUUCUUCUCUUUUUAUUUCUGAUAUAACUAAGGUUUGACCGGUUUAGAAGUCAUAUAAUGUAGGGGCCUUAUUUCUGAACAAAGUGAGCUCACCAUCCAUCAGCGUUAGAGUCCGAAACGAAUUAGAAAAGACUUCAAAGGGGCGUGUCUGGUUCAGAGUGGAAAGAAGAAAGUUUUAUUAGAAGCUAUAAAUCACCCAAAAUUCCAAAACAGGAAGUUUAGAACUGGCAGUUCCCUCCUCUAGGUUCCUCAUGCUUUGUUGGUUGUGAAAUGCCAAUGGACUAAGAUGCUGAAGGUUAGAAAAAUGUGUCAACUCGCUGAUAAUACUUUUCUUCUCCUGCAAGGUCGUUCUAAAGUCACAUUUGUAUCAGGAAUACUCAGUUUUAUUAGAGAAGUAGAAGUGGAUUGCCCAAGGUACUAUGCAGACUUUCUCUAGAACAGUGUAAACAUGUUUUGACCCGUGUCCAACUAUCACACUGCUCUUGGACAAUAGCCCUUAACAAAACGGUUUGCUGGAUAUUAACAUGACCAUGACUUUAUGGUUGGGGAGUCCAGAUUCAUAGAUAAGAAAGCCUGCUAAAGAGGGACUCGGGAUAUAUAAUGUCCCCAAGCAUUUCAUUAGAAAUAACUUGGUCUUUCCUUCCCAUCUCCUACCCUUUCAACAGUGUGGGUAGAAGAAAAGCAGGGUUUCUACCAGGAUGCCGAGGGAGAUGGAAAAAAAACUGCUCUGCACCCCCUCUGGUUUUCUUCAUUAUUAAAUGCAUGGAUUUAGGCAAAUUAUUUCAAAAGACAUAAAGCCUCUAUGUCCUUGGCUGUACAAUGGAGUUGAUAGCACUCUCCUCACAGGGUCAUUGUGAGGACUAAAUGAAAUUAAGUGUGUGAAAGAUCUUCGUAAAUACACUGCCAAGUGCUAUACAAAUGCUAGAGGUUGUUUUAUUAUAGUCCUGGGGCCUUGAGAAUGGCUCAGCCUUUUUUCUGUUUACUUUUCAUUAACCAGAAUUUGUUGGUUUCAUGUCUGGGAUAUAAAAUCCUAAAACUUAAAUAUAGCUUCGCUGAUUCAUUGGGAAGCACUGCCAGGGCCGCUGAGCCUGACUUCGGCCUGUUUCCCACUUUAAAGACAGAACUUGCUUUGCUUUGAAUGCAGGUAAAUCAAAGCCAGCCGAGCAUCCGUUUCUCUCAUUCCCAAACAGAGAUAAAUCACAACACUAUUUGGCUGUUGUUACUGCAUUUUGUUAUUAAAGGAACUCAGUGGGUUUGUUCUGCUAUUUUGUCUGGCUCCUUUUCCUUCUUAGAGACCAUGCAAUAAUUUGUGGAUACAUCAUGAAUAUUUUGCAUCUCUUAAAGGAAGAAAUAGUUAUUUUAAUAGUAUUGUUGGUGGUUUUUUUAUUUUUAUUUUUUAAAAAUAACUCUGUAGAUAAGAAACUGAGGACUGGAUUGCACUGUGAGAACCUUAAACCAACAACUUCACUCCUCUUCAUUCUCUUGCCUCUCCAAAUUGUCAGGCCUUUUACUCCCUGGAUUGAUAUGCCUUAAAAAAAUGUUAGCAAAUGUUUUAUGGACAUUAAGCCCUUAGGUCUUACAAGUAUACUUUUCAAAAAUAAAAAAUAUGUUUCUUAAAGGGUACUCUCCAAUAUGAGGUAUCAAUUAAAUGAAUCAAUUCUUUAUUAGUUGAGGCAUGGCAGCAUCUCAGUCACCCUGCCUUCUGUAACAUUGUCAGCUUUUUGACAACUUCUCUUUGAUAGUUCGAAAACUAAAUCAAAGAGAUUUUUUGGGGGUUGAAAAAAAGAUGAAUCCACUUCUUUUCUAAAUCUAGUUGCAAAAUAAUAACCUCAUGCUUCUUGUAUAGAUUGCCAAACGUAAAACAAUUCAGUUUCAAUCUUACUUCUGGGAACAUCUAUCAAAUCAGGCGCAUAUCAACCUACUCCGCUCUGUUUUCUCCUUUUAAAUGCAUCAGGAGACGAGAUACAGAACAAAGGCUGGGGAGACCCCAGAAGAUCCAGUGCUAGUUCUGCACUAAGCAAGUAUAUGGUCUUAUUCUCUGUGGGUUAGGCUUGUAGUUAAGAAUAAAUGUGUUGUACCACUUUCUUUUAUUUUGCAGAGUUAUCUGUUGGGAGGUCCUGCAAGUACACCAUAGUAAUGUAUCUAUGUGGAAGUGGAGAAGUGAUUGAUAGAUAAUCACCUGCAGGGAGAAACUGGUGGUAUUGUCCCCUGGGUAUUUGAUAAAUAUUAGUUGAUGAUGAAAAAAAUAACAUUUUAAAAUAUAUAAUGUACUUAAUGGAUUAAUUUUUGGACAUGUAUUUUCAAAGUAUAAAACUACUCAGCUUUUAUACUAAAAUAUCACUUGGAACAUAACUGUGAAAAAAAUAAGUGAAAUUCCAUGGUUAAUUAUAUACUUGUCAUACAUACAGAAUUUCUAUCAUCAUCAAAGCAGUCUUCAACCAUGAUUGAAGGAAGGGUGUGGUUUUUAAAGAGAAAAAGAAAAAUCAAGUAAUCCUAAUAACAUGCAGUACCCUCCUAAACAUAUUAUAGUUCCUAGAAUGGACAAACCAUUGAUAAUUUAAAAACACAACUUAAAUCUAUUAUAGCACAAGUAAAGCAAUCCAAUUAUAUUAAAUUUUUAUAAACUUUAGAUUCUAAAACAUACAUUUUUUUGUAAUGUCAUUGGACACUCAGAGCUUUAAAUUAUAGCUUCAGCGCUUUCUCUACCACGAAAGCAUAAUUAGGAGCUAUCUAGGGAGACAUUGAGCCUAGCCUCCACCCCGGAUAUUUAGUCCCCUUUCCAUCCCCAUAAACUGGGCCGUAAUGGAUUUUCAUUCUGGAGGCAGCAGCUCUAUUUAAAGUAAGCCUAGGCAGGGCAGCUGGGAUGCGAGUCCAGGGGUUGCAGAAGCAGCCAUUCCCCACUUCCUCUUUCUCCUUCCCUGUGGCCCUUUUAGCACACUUAGUGUCAUUAGCAACACUUGGAAUCAUGAGUAACACAGAACAAUAAAUAUUAGAGAAUAAUUCUUUAUUCAAAUUUGAGCAAAAAUGUAAGAGCUAUUCAUAAGAAGAAUUAUCUUCUCAAGGCAACCGAAAUGGGGCUGCAUCACACAAAUUGUGUGAUUUCAUUGCAUACCUAAGCAUUUGAAAAAUAUAGUUCUAAGUCAAUUUUUAGAUAGAGUAAUUUAUCAUGAAUAAAGAUAUAUUUUACCUAUAGUAUGUCAUAUCAAAAAAUAUAUAUUAUGGCUAAAAAUUAAAUGCCACUAUUUACUUUUUUAUUUUAUAUAAUAUAAACUCACAUCACACCUUUUUACAUUGAUUUAUAUUCUAAAUAAAAACAAAGUGUCACAGAGCGAGUUAAAUAUUUUAGUGUCCCAGGGUCAAAGUGGGAAAUACAGAAAAGAAACUCUAAGAAUAAAUCUGAUAGUAAUGUCAGAGUAAUUAUUAAUAUGAAAUAAUUAGCACUUCCACACAUAAAGGUAGUUAUAUUUAUAUCAAGGGAUUUAUGACAUAUUCUAUGAUGUAUUAGCUCCUCAUUAUGACAAAGGUAUUAAGAAUGAAUGUUGUUCAGAUGUCCUGUAUCCCCUAGCUUAUUAUGCCAUACAGAUGAAUGUGAAUGUGUGUUCUUGGGGAAACUGUAUGAUUCUGGUUUUGAUGGGUGUUGAAAUGUUUUGUAAUUGUACCUAAUAUUUGUUCUUUUACUGAAAAAAAUGUCUUGUGGCAUUAUAUUGACAUAAGUGGUGAAUUUAUUUCUUAAUUUUACUGUGUAUUGGCUUGAUCCUAUAAAUAAAAAUAAAUCUCAAA